AUGACGACCAAAAAACCCAAUGUAAUCUUUGUUAUCGGUGCACCAGGAGCUGGUAAAGGUACACAAUGUGAACGAAUCUGCAAAGACUAUACUUACGUUCAUUUAUCUGUUGGCGAUCUUCUUCGAGAAGAAGUUAAUAACUCGCAUUCUGAUCUAGGUAGAGAAAUUCAAGAGACAAUGAAAAAUGGCUCUCUCGUAUCUUCAGAAAUCGCUUGUAGAUUAAUCGAAAACGCAAUAAAAAAGAGUGGCAAAGAAAACUACUUAAUUGAUGGCUUUCCACGAGAUAUGGAGAAUAUUACCGAAUGGCAAAAAACAAUGAACGAGAAAGUCGUUCUUCAAUGUGUACUUGACUUUGAUUGUGACGAGAAGACGAGCAUCGAUCGAUGUAUGGAACGUGGCCGAAACAGUGAACGAGCGGAUGACAAUGAGGAAACUCUGAAAAAAAGAAUUGCUACAUUCAAAAAAUUAACUGAACCAGCCAUAGAAUAUUAUGAAAAGAAGAAUUUAAUCAAACACGUGGAUGCAACAAAAGAUGUUGAACAGGUUUAUCACGAUGUUCAAAAUGUGAUGAAAACGAUUCUCGAAUCAACUGAUUCAAAUUUGUAA